CGGAGGCGGCGGGAACGGCUCCGUAAUGUCGGUUAAGAGAGCAUUGAAUUUGGACUCUGUUAAAAAAGAUGAUCCACCUGAUGCAACCCCCCAGAAGGCCAAAAGGAUCAAUCUGGGUCCCUACUCCCCAACCACAGGCACCUGCCAGAUGAGUCCCUUCUCCUCUCCCAUGAGCCACAGGGCACACAGUGCCAGCAGUGCCCCAGCAGAGGGAGAUGGGAAUGAGCCGAGCAAUUCCAAGAGCAAAUUAUCCAGGAGAGGGCAGCCUCAAACAGAGCACGAUGUGUACCUGCAGCUGCACUCACAAGUGAGAGAUUCCUUGCCCAGAAUUCUGAAACUAAGAGCAAAUCUGACAAGCCUGAAGGCUUUGGAGGGCAGUAGAGAGCUGGAAAAUAUCCUCGGGACCUCGCACUCUUCCUGUGUCCUGAGUGCUGAACUGCAGAAAACGCAAGAGCUGGUGAGUCAAGCAGAAAAACUGCAGCUGUUGAAAGCUAACCAUGGAGAAGUCUCUGCCCGAGAGCACAUGCAGGCUGCCGGGAGCGCUGCCUUCCUGACCUCACUCCUGGACACAAGGAAGGAGCCCCUGGACCUGCUCCUGGCCUUGCCCAGCACCGAGGCACAGCCAGAGUGA